UCGCACAGCCAAUUUGUUCUGUAUGUGAAUCCCUUAUCUUAACAAGGAGAAUCCUCUCAGUCUCUCCCUCAAACAAACACAGAAAAUGGCGCUUAGUUUACCCAACACAUUCCUCCAAAUAAAACCCUCUACUCCAAUUCUUCCCACCAAAAAGGUAAAAUGUGCAGCAGUGGGAAUCAAUCACAGGACCCAGGUUGUGACGUGUCGAAAGAAGGACAUACAUCCGGAAUUCUACGAGGAUGCGAAGGUCUAUUGUAACGGUGAGCUGGUGAUGACGACGGGUGGGACACGGAAGGAGUACGUGGUGGAUGUUUGGUCUGGGAACCAUCCCUUCUACUUGGGCAGCCGCUCUGCUCUUCUUGUUGACGCCGACCAAGUGGAGAAGUUCCGUAAGAGGUAUGCAGGAUUGGACGAGAUAAUGGAAAUCCCUGUACUUACGGGUGAGGUUGUGCUCCCACCUAAGCGCAAAUCUGCUUCUGCUAAAAAAGGCAAGAAGAAGUAGACACAAUUACUACAUUUUUGAGCUCGCAUUGUUUCCUGACCAUGUUUUGCUUCACAUCUGGUAGACUUCUACUUCCACCUGUGGCAUUUCUGCAUUCCACAAGGUAGUCAGAAUUUGUAUAUAAACUAGUUUUCGCACUUGGUGACCUAACCUAGGUGAAAAUAUUUGAAGAUACAGGGGAAAGAUCAUUAUAGAAGAGAAAGUUAACAAGUAGAAACAAAAGAGUACUCACUGGUAGAGUAUACCUUUGGAAACAAGGAGAAAAGGGAAGAGGAAUGAGAGGGUGUUGUAUGGUGGAUGAUCACUUAGUUUAGCCAUAUAUUAUCAGUCUGUUUUUUUCAAGGGUUAAGUACGGACUAGUUUUUUUAUGCUACAAAUUAUUGUGAUUUAUAUAAAUGAUGAACGAUUGUCUGUUAUCAUCCUGAAAAUGAAACAAGAACGUAGUGAAGAAUUAGAAAAUCACCCUCCUAAACCAUAGACAAGAUGAAUAUAUUCAACAAAAGAUUGCUGCAAUUCUGCAGAACAAAUUGUGUUUAUUCUCUUUUGACUGUAUUUACAAAUUGUAAUUUUUUUUACUGUACUUGUAAUAUGCCAGAGUGAGCUUUUGACUGCCCUCUUUGUGCCUGGAAUAUGGAGCUCUUGGUGUAA